AUGAGUGUCUUUACCCGUGUGAUUGUUACCUGCGUCUGCUAUUGCUUUUGGAGGCUGGUAGGCAGCCACAACUCACCUCGGGCGAGCUUCAUCUCCGGGCUGUGUGCCCCUUGUCUGCAGAGGUCACUGUGGGGCCCGUGGCAGAGCUCUCACGCCGCUCUCUCCUCUGCAGCUCUCUACGGCGUUCUGUUUGAGAAGAGCAAGGAAGCUGCCUUCGCCAAUUACCGCCUGUGGGAGGCCCUGGGCUUCGUCAUUGCCUUCGGGUACAGCACAUUUUUGUGCGUGCGCAUCAAGCUCUACAUUCUGCUGGGGGUCCUGAGCCUGACCAUGGUGGCGUAUGGGCUUGUGGAGUGCGUGGAGUCCAAGAACCCGAUCAGACCCCACGCUCCAGGACAGGCGAAGCAGGCAGAGGAUGAAGAAAUACAAAAACGUGAGAGCAGUGAGGUCCGAGGAGGAUGAACUCAGAAAGCACCAGCCAGAGAGUUUUCUUAGAAGAUGCCUCAGGACAUAGAGCGGCUCCUCAUCACCAUCUCAGCACAAUUUGGCCAUUCUGAAGAGAUCAUAUUAUUUCACUCUUUAUGUAUUUUUUUUCUAUUCUAACAAAUUUUUAGUCCACCAUCUUAACAGAGAUCAAGUGUAUACAUGAAGGUAUCAGUUAAUUUAAUUUCAGAUACAAAAGAAAAAGGUCUAACGUACAAUCAGCCAAUUAGAAUUUGCCUGAAAUCAUAGACUCACCCUAGUUUUAUUGCUGUAGUUGUUUUUAAGAAUUGGAAGCCUGCUUAAAAAAUGUAGUUGAGCCCCAUAAUUUUACAAAUGGGCGAACUUUUAAACUUCUAACUCUACUUGGAUUAAAACCUCAUACAUUUUACAAAGGGGUCCUGACAAGUCAGCUGACUCAACCUCACAGAGUCAGGGGGUGACAAAGCCAGACUGGGGCUCAGGAUUCCUGAAGCAUGUGGGGUCUGCGUUUCUAAAUAGAGACGGUUAUUUAAUGGA